GAAACCAGAGACCGACUUGAGAGAAUGAGAAAGGGAGUCAAUGAACAGUAGAUUGUCAAGAGGACGUGAAGUCUAAUUAAUCUUAACGUUUUGUAACAUCUUUUAAAGAGUUUCACCAUGAGCUCUAAUCUUGUCAAGUCUCUUGCUCGGGUUUAUGACCCCAAACCACUUCAUGCUCAAAAACGGUCAAAUGGUGGAAGAGCUGGAUCGAGAAGAGCUUCGCUUUCGGCCUCAAACAAAUGCUCAUCUUCACCAGUUUCAGAUCAGCCUACUUCAAAAUCUUCUCUAGUACAUAUUGAAGGACAAGUCAGGGAUUUAAGCGAUAAGAUGGACAAACUCCUCGCCCUGCAGGAAGCGUCUCUGAAACAACUGGAUGCCAUGGGGCAGGAUCAUAGCACAGGUGGACGCAGCGUUGAGCAGAUGUUGUGUGAUGUACGUGUCGUCAUUGAAACCGUUCGAGAAAAGGAGGAACAGCAGGAUCAGCGGCUUGAUGCUUUGGAACGACUGGUCAGCAGUAUUCAUCAGGUGGUCAGUUUUGUUGCUGAGGCGUUGAAACAAUCAAGUUUGGCCGAUCGCUUGAAAAAAACACACUCAAAAUCCAGCAACAGGUAUAGAGAAAAGGAUGGAAAGGAGAAACCCAAAGUGUACCCAAAAGGGUUGAAAACUCAGAAGAAAAAGAAGCCACUGGAUGCAUCAGACUCAGUCCAGGCUGGUUUUGAAGAAGUGCAAAAGCUCAACCAACAGAACAAUCAGCUUUCUCAAUGCACAGCAGAGACAGCAGCCGGUACAUCUACACAACUGGAGAUUAUUGAAGAGGAGCAGAAAACAGAGAUAUACAGGGAAAAAAUAAAAGAUGAUAAGCAGCAGGCAGCAGUGGAAGAAGAGACAAGAGAGAAAGAAAGCAUUGCAGAAUUACUGCAGAUAACAGAAGAGGAUAAAAAGGAGGAAGAAGAGAGAUUACAGAAAGAAGAGGGUGUAAGGUUAACAGAGGAAAGCCAACUAGCUGCUCCAACUUCAUCUGGACAGAAUGAUAAAAUCAUCACAGCCACACCAGAAAACUGUGAGGAGAAUCUGGAAAUAACUUUGAGCACUAAGAGGCAUGUAAGAGACGAGUCUCUGACAGAUGAUCUUAAAAAAAGCAGAGUGGAAGAGGAGGAGGAGGAGAAAGAAUUGAAGGAGGAGGAGGAAGAGGAGGCGGGGCUUGAAGCUGCAGAGGCGGGACCAGAGGAGGAGACAGAAGAGGAGAGAAAAGAUGCCGAGGCAGUGACUGAUGAAUAUGUCAUUGAUUCUUCCCCUCCUCCACCUGCACCAUUUGAGCACCGUCUUGUGUCAACCAAAACCCACCAGAUUACCAGCUACUACAACAUCAAUAAAGAGGAAGUUCUCGGCGGAGGACGGUUUGGCAUGGUGCACAAAUGUGUAGAGAAGUCCUCCGGCCUCAUAUUAGCAGCCAAGAUCAUCAAAGCCAGGAGUCAGAAAGAGAAGGAGGUUGUAAAAUGUGAGAUUGAAGUGAUGAACCAGUUAAAUCAUGCCAAUUUAAUCCAGCUCUAUGCCGCAUUUGAAUCGCGACAUGAAAUCACUCUAGUGAUGGAGUAUGUUGACGGUGGAGAGCUGUUUGACCGGAUCAUAGAUGAAAACUACAAGCUGACUGAGUUGGACACAGUGCUGUUCAUCAGACAGAUCACUGAGGGCCUUCAGUACAUGCACAAGAUGUACAUUUUACACCUUGACCUAAAGCCUGAAAACAUUCUCUGUAUCAGUCGAGAAACAAACAAGGUCAAGAUAAUCGACUUCGGGCUUGCAAGAAGAUAUAAACCCAGGGAAAAGUUGAGGGUGAACUUUGGCACGCCUGAGUUCUUGGCUCCUGAAGUCAUCAACUAUGAAUUUGUCUCAUUCCCGACCGAUAUGUGGAGUUUAGGUGUCAUUACGUACAUGCUGCUCAGUGGUUUGUCUCCGUUUCUGGGUGAGGAUGAUAAUGAGACGCUAAACAACAUCCUGGCAUGUCAGUGGAGUUUUGAAGAGGCAGAGUUUGCUGACAUCUCUGAGGAGGCCAAAGACUUUAUAUCACGCCUGCUCGUAAAGAGCAAAAGUUGGAGAAUGAGUGCGUCCCAGUCCCUGAAACACCCAUGGCUUUCAGACCGAGGGCUUCACUACCGCCUGCAUCAUAAGAAAAACAAGUGUCACUCUUCACAUGCACCUCCACCAGAGGGUUAAACAGAAGUGAUCAUCGGCUGGUCAUCCUGAUCCCGUGGUGACAAACUGGACCAAUACUGUUGUAAUUGAACAACUACACAACAUCUGUUUAAUACUACAGUCGCAUACUGUACUGUACAAUAUCUAUUACCUAUUUACCUCAACCUUUAGCGAAAACAUAUAUACAACACAUCAAAAAUACUGCUCAUCACUUGUGAUACAAACACAUGUCAUCAUUUUUUUAAAGUAGUAGCCAUUUAUGAACUUACCCUGUGCUUCAGUCCUGGUUUAGGUUGGUUUUAACAGUCUGUUGGUUGUUGUCUUAUGAAAAAAAAUGAUACACAGUUAAUUGGUCUUGGUUUGGUCUUGAAUGUGCACUUUACAAUAGGACUGGAUUGGAUAAAGAAUGUCAAGCCCAAAGUAUACUUUUUAUGUGUACGUUUCUAAAGGCACAGGUAUACUUCAUUUCUCACAUUCUGCUCUGUCUCAAGGACGGUUGUGUCUACCCAGCAUUCAAAUGAUAAUCAGCUCGGAUUUAAGACAAAGACCUUUGGAUAAUAUUAUGUAAUGUGGACAGUGCACAAAACAGAACAGAAUCUUGGAAGGCUGAAGUAUACUUUUGGGUAAAAAAUCUAAUUUUGAUAGCAAAUCAUACACUUUUAAUUAGCUUAUUAGCUUAUUAGUGAUAAACAUGUAUUUAUACUUAUUUAAAAGGCACUAGUCAACAUGAGUGUCUGUUGUUUUUGGCAUCUUCAGUAGUUCGUUGGUUGUUGUUUCAUCUUUGUUUCUUUUCCAACUCUGAAAGCAAUCCAAAAACACCUUAAGGGUGUACUCACACUAUGUAGUUGCCUUGAAUUUUGUCGAAGCGCAUUUGUCCCUCCUUCCCUCUCCCCCGACGGCCUGCACUCACACUGCAUUUUGCAUUCUGAGCCGGAGCAAAAUUACGUUAUCGAUGAUGCGGCUGUUCAGUUUAACGGGAACAGAAGUGCUCUCGCUCAGCACAUUGGAAAUUGCUUUAGUUACAUAAAUUUGUAUUAUUUUAAGUUGUUUGAUAUGCAGUGACGCAGUCAAAUUUGUAAUACGCAGUCAAGACGCUUGUGCUGCACGUAUUAGGAGGUUUGCUGAAGGGGUUUGCGUCUUUAAUAAACUAUGACAGAUCAUGUUCAUUGAAAGUAAGAAUAAUUAAUGAAUUCAUAUGAAACAGUCUCUUAAAAGUGAUGUCGCCGUUCAGUUUCGGGCUCAUGCACGCUUUGCACUCACACUACAUGCGUGCCACGGCCAAGUGAACCGCGCUCUGGCACACCUCUUCCAGCCAGGCCAGGGCCGGCCAACUGAACCACUUGUCAAACAAACCAGGAAAAGCGCCCGGGUAUGGUUCGGAUAGCCUAGUGUGAGUGCACCCUAAAACGCACGUGUCAAGCAUAGAGUGACGUAGAGCAUCAUUCAUUAAUCAUUUCUUUUUUAAAGUUAGUCAUUAACCUUCGUUGUAUUACUGAAGCUGUUAUUAUAAACAAUAUAACUAGGGAAAAAAUAUUGAUGAAUAUCUGUUUUCUUAUAAAUCUUUGGUAAAAAAGGGUCACGAUGUUUCACUUAUAGUUAUCACAAGCUAUUAAACGUCUACCAAGUGUAGGUGUCACUAUCACUUGAUGGUGGAUCUGGUGAAUAAGCUGUCAGUGAUCAGAAACUUGAUUUUGAAGAUGCGGUUAAUAACAGUAUUGAGAAUAUGGUUGACAUUUCACAAUUUCUCAAAGUGAUUCCUUUUAACUUUCGAAAAAUUCAAAUUUUUGUAUUAGAAUAUCAGGAGUUUUAUGCUAUUGUAGAAGGUAGAUAUUCAUCGGUUUUAGUUAUAUACACGUGACUAAAGACCCUAAUAUGAAAUGAUUAUUGUCAAAAAUAAUGGAUUUAAAGGGACUGUGCACCCAUAUUUUUAUUCAUCCUCCACUUGUUUCAAACGUAUUUGAGUUUCUUUCUUUUGUUAAACACAGAGAAAGAUUUACUGAAGAAUGUUGGAGAAAAACAGCCGUUGACUUUUUUGUUCCUACUAUGGAUGCCCAGGGCUGCCUUUUUUCCAGUUUUUUGUUUUGUUUUGUGUUCAAUAGAAAAAAAUAUAUAACAGUUGAGAAAUACUUGUGUAUAAGGAAAUGGUGAGGAAAUGUUCAUUUUUGGUUUAACACUCCCUUUGAGGGUUAAAAAAGUACAUUUUGGGCUUUGUGCAACAGAGAAAUCCCUGAUCAUACUCUGUACGCACAAAUGUAUUGAGUCUUAUAUUAUUUACAUCACUGGUUCAUGGUAUCAUUUCAUAUGAUAUUUGGGAAGGCAUUACAAUUUGGUUUUCAGUCAAAUUCACACAGGACACUGUACUGUAUUUCACACUUUAAAAAAAACUGCAUGUGAUACAAUUUUUGAAUGACACGCUUGUGCGGCUAGAGUUCAUGUGCAUGUAACUACUGUUAUCUGAUACAAAUAACCCAAAUACAGCUCUCACUCACCACAUGAUGGUCAUUUAGAGUGUUUCCUUGAAGGCAAAAUGAAUUGUUCAGGAUCCCACAAGCUCCAAAUGCUUAUCUAAUGCCUGUAGUUGCAGAUAUCAAGGCUAUGUUGUGAUUUUUUUAAGCUUAAAACACUGGUUUCAAGCUGUAUUAGGCAUUGAUAGGGUUUUGCUCACUCCCUCACUUCCUAGUAGACAUCUCACCUUCCAUGAAGGCAAAUGUAAAAACAGAACACUACCUUCAAGCGUAAUGUGUGUGUUUGUGUGGUUCUAUAAACAUAGAUGAUGUUUUUGCUUCGUUCACCCUGUCUGAUGUUUACUUGAAAUGCUUUCACACUAUAGUAAAUGGGGUGAAAUUCAUUAUACGUCUGCUGAUGGCUAACAGUGUUUUAGAUUAGGAUUCUAACUCAGCUUGUGAUCAAAAAUAAGAGAAAGGAUUUAUUUAUUUUUAUUCAGUUUCUAAAUCCUGUAUGUAGUGACCGGAUUGAGAGAUGCUGAAAUAUAGAGUAUAAUAAACAGCUAGGAAAAUAUGAAAUAAUUUCAGGGCUUGUAUUAGGUCUUGUACAUUUUCACAAAUUACCUCCAGUAUUUGAAAUCAUCUAUUUUGUUGUAAGUUGUUUAGAACUUAGUAUUGUAUAAAUUAAAAUAUAUUUUGAACAAACAUU